AUAUCGGGAAGUGAGUGCAAAUUACCACAAAUAAAAGCCCGCAAAAUUGUCUCCUCCGUCGCUGCGUCUCACUCUCUCUCUCAGUUGGUCACCGGAAGGCUGAAGCUUCACAGUCAGAGGAAGAAGAUAAAUUCGAACUGCCGCGAAUCAUUUUUAGCUUCUGCUAGUUUUUCAAUUGCACCUCCUCAAUCAUCAAUGUCAGGUUUUCAAAAGUUCAAAUUUUUCGUAGUUAAUUAUAAUAGUUGUAAUAAUAUAUAUACAUAUAAAUCUGCUUAGGGUUUCAACAUAUUUUCAAAUGGAGGCAAUGGCUGAAAACCCUAGCAGUAGACUAUCCUCUGUUCCCCUCUUGCACCCACCUCAGAUCUACCCUUCAUCAUCACAAACCUCAAAGCAACAAUCACAUCAAUUACAACAACACCCAACUUAUCUUGAAACCCCUGAUGUGUCCACAAGAGCUAGAAUUCUCUGUGAAAUUCUCACCAAGGCGUCACCUGACAAGGUCGAGACCGCUCUUUCUUCCACUGGAAUCAAACCCUUGCCCGAAAUUGUCGAAGAAGUACUCAAACACUCAUAUGGGUUUCCCUCGGCUGCUAUUACGUUUUUCCGGUGGGCUGGGAUGAACCAGAAGCACUCCGCCUAUGCGUGGAACCUGAUGGUAGAUUUGCUUGGCAAGAACGAGUCGUUUGAGCAAAUGUGGGACGCAAUUCGAUCGAUGAAGCAAGAAGGGGUCUUGUCUGUGGCAACGUUUGUGUCGGUGUUCGGUAGCUAUUGCAGUGCAGGUAAGAUUAAUGAAGCUGUCAUGACCUUUGAUGUGAUGGACAGGUACGGAGUUGAGCCCAAUAUUGUGGCUGUGAACUCUUUGUUGAGUGCAAUAUGUCGCGAGAAUAACCAAACUUUAAAAGCGCUUGAGUUUUUUGAGCGGAUUAAGACUAAGAUUGCCCCAGAUGCGGAUUCGUUUGCUAUUUUGUUGGAAGGGUGGGAGAAGGAAGGGAAUGCUGCGAAGGCAAAGAACACAUUUGGGGAGAUGGUGAUUCGGGUUGGUUGGAGCCCACAAUACAUGUCUGCUUACGAUGCAUUCUUGACAACUCUUGUUUGUGGGUCGCAGGUUGACGAGGCAAUCAAGUUUCUUCAAGUUAUGAAGGGGAAGAACUGCUUGCCAGGUUUGAAAUUCUUCUCUAAUGCUCUUGAUAUUCUUAUCAAGCAGAAUAAUUCAGCCCAAGCUGUCCUUUUGUGGGAUAUAAUGGUGGGUAAUGGAUUGAUACCCAAUUUAAUAAUGUACAACGCGAUAAUUGGUUUAGUUUGCAACAACAAUGACAUUGAUAAUGCUUUCCGUUUCCUUGAUGAGAUGGUCUUUUAUGGUGCUUUCCCUGAUUCUUUGGCAUAUAACAUGAUUUUCCAAUGUUUGAUCAAGAACAAGAAGGUUCGCGUAGCGGGCAGGUUUUUCUUCGAGAUGAUCAAGAAUGAAUGGCCUCCAACACAUUCAAAUUGUGCUGCUGCCAUCACCAUGUUCUUUAAUGGUGAUGAUCCCGAGAUGGCAAUUGAAGUCUGGGAAUACAUGAUUAAGAAUCAUGUUCUGCCUCUUGAAGUGAGUGCAAAUGCAUUGCUAACUGGGCUUUCUGAUAUGGGCAGGCUUACAGAGUUGAAGAGGUUUACCGAGUAUAUGCUUGAUAGAAGGGUUGAGAUCUAUGAAUCGACAAUGGAAAAGAUGAAACAUGCUUUUUUUAAGGAGGGCAGAAGUGCACGUGAUACAUAUGAUAGUCUUUCGAGGAAGUGGAAAUCUUCCUAGAUGUUGUUGCAUUUUGUUCUUUCAAUGGGCUUUAGGAACUUUUUUGGUAAUAUGCGACACUUCUUAGUUGUGUGGAAGUUAUAAGUGCAAACAUUAUGAACACAAGCUAGUUUUACCUUUUAUUGGUAAUUAAUCCAUAGUGAAUGGACUGCAUUGCUUCCCCGUACCUUUGCAUUGAGACAUGUUAUCAUUUUA